CAUAAAAACACAAUGCUAUAGAGAUUUCAAAGUUACAUGAUCGGUCAUCAGCGUAUCAAAAAGUUAUAUGAUCGGAAAGUUUCAAGGCAAUGGCGAAGGACCUUAACAUCUUUUCUACAGUUUAUCUCAAGAUCGGAGUGAGGGAGUUUUGUACAACGGUUGAUACUCUAACUCGGCGUGAGCCUAAUUCAAUGCUUGCUGCAAUGUUUAGUGGACGUCAUGUUGUCCAUCAGGACCCGGAAACGGGAUUUGUUUUCAUCGACAGGGAUGGCAAACAUUUUCGGCACAUCCUUAACUGGUUAAGGGAUGGAGUUGUUCCCUCGCCGGAAGAAUUUUCCAAAUAUUCGGAACUUGUAAGAGAGGCGGAGUAUUAUCAACUACUUGGUCUAAGAGAUAUAAUACAGGCUUUUCUAAACAUGAGGAAGGAUGAUGAUCAAAACACUGAAAAGUUGGGUGCAGAACUAACGCGCAUUGAUAUCAUCAAAUCAUGUAUAAAAUCAAAUGAGAGAAUCCGGCUUCGAGGCGUUAACCUCUCCGGCCUUAACCUUUCGAACUUGGACUUGACAAACAUUGACUUCAGUUAUGCAUGUCUGAGAAAUGUGUGUUUCAAGGGUUGUGAUCUUCGAGGUUCAAACUUUAAUCACGCGGAUGCUGAGGGUGCCAUCUUUCAACAUGCUAGUCUGCAAAGUUCUGAAUUUAUUGGGGCGAAUCUCCGCAACGCUUUAUUUGUUGGUGCUAACCUUUACAACGCAAAUUUGAUAUCUGCAGAGCUCCAUGGUGCUGAUCUUACAAAUGCAAAUUUAGAGGCGGCCAGUCUGGAUAAGGCAUACUUGAUGAGUCUUUAGAUGAUGUCCAAUACAUAUUUUAAGGAUGCAAAUCUUGAAGGUGCUUGUGGAGAAGAUGUGAAUUGGCAACAUUCCGAGAGUGCACAAUUUUCUGGUGUUAUUCAUUGACGGGUUUAAAUUUUCU